AUGCGCUUCUUCCCUUCCUCAUCGCACUCCUUCCUCCCAACUCUCCUCCUCCCCUUUACCACCCACCUCACCUCCAUAACCGCCCAAUCGAAUCCCAACCCCAUCCUCACCUCCUCCUUCACUUGGAACCCCACCUGCGGCCCCACCGUCGCCUGUGGCCCCUCCAGCGCCGGCUACUACGGCACCGGUUUCGCCGCCUCCAACAACCUCACCUACGCCGGCUGCGACAAUCUUGGCGACGACACCGUCGACUGCGGCGCCGCCAGUAUAGUUUCAGGCGUUGGAAAAGGCUGCGGCCAAUGCUGGCACAUCACGCCCCAAAGCGACUGGUACCCCUCCAACGGGCUCUCCGUGGGAACGAGCGUGGUGGUGAAGAUCAACGACCAGUGCACGGAUGCCGGGUAUUGUGACCAGACGGAGGCGCAUCCGGUCAAUACGGGCUACGGGAAGGAGGUGCACAUAGAUUUGUGUGCGGAGAGCGGGGUCACGGAGCUGUUUUUUGGGGCGGUGGGGCCUGGGGUGGUGGUUGGGUUGGCGCAGUUGUUGCCGGAUUGCUCGGCGUUGGAUGAUAGGUCGUAUGGAUCCGCGUUGGGGAAUUUGGAUGGUUCGUCGAGUGCAGCGUCGAGCUCGUCGGCAAGCUCUGGGAGUGCCUCGUCGAGCUCGGGUGGCGCUUCAUCGUCGUCUUCUGGUGGUGGAUCCUCGUCAAGCUCUGCAAGCAAUUCGUCGGCAAGUUCUGGAAGUGGUUCGUCGUCAAGUUCUGGAAGCGAUUCCUCUUCUUCAUCCGGUGAUGGAUCGUCAUCAAGCUCAGGAAGCGAGUCGUCGUCAUCCUCUGGCAGUGGAACAUCAUCAAGCUCUGGAAGCGAUUCAUCGUCCAGCUCAGGAAGCGAUUCCUCCUCGAGCUCUGAAAGCGAUUCCUCCUCGAGCUCUGAAAGCGAUUCCUCCUCGAGCUCUGAAAGCGAUUCCUCCUCGAAUUCUGGAAGCGAUUCCUCUUCGAACUCCGGAAGCUCCUCAUCCUCCAGCUCCGCCAGCGACUCAUCCUCCCCAAACCCCGACACGGAACCACCAACCCUCGACGCCGUAACGAGCGGCAGCGGCAACUGGAGCUGGAGCGGCCCCAAAAUGGCCAAACACAGGCUAUCAAGAGGACACGACGGACCGAAAGCAGGGGCUAACAUCGCAAGUGGGGCUCAAAACGGAGGAUCCGACGAUCGCGGCGGAUCUCCAUCUCCACCUCCGACGCCGACGACGCUGGUUCCUGUGGUCAGCAGCAGUACCGCGCCGGUGCCCGUUCGUUCGUCUUUGACGGGCGGUGACAAUUCUGGGGAGCAGGAUGGAGAUGGGAAGGAUGGUGAGUGUGGUGGGGAAGACGCCGGAGAAUUGUGA